AUGUCAUCAUCUCCAUCUAUCGAAAGUUACUUAUCAACACAAAUAUCCGCUGCUAAAUCAAUAACCGAUAAUGCUUAUGACGGAAUUGUCUACGUAGCUCAUUCCCUUUCGGAAAGCGGAAAAUAUGAAGUUCUGAAACCAUUGUUACCAAGCAUUACUGCCUACUCUGAGAUUCAUAAAGAUAUCGAAAAUGCUACAACACUUAUUUUGGUUGAUGGGAAUUUCCUUCCAUCAAGAAAGCUGAUUUUUGCAGGAACAGGACCAGUUAAUCGAGAUCACGAUGAUGUGCGCCGUUUCGGCAUAGCUGCUCGAAAUGGUAUGAAAUUAGCUUUGAAAACUGGUAUGAAAGCACCGUUGAUUUUAACUUUACCACAUAAAAAAUAUCCACAAGCAGAAUUGGUAUCAGCUCUUGGCGCAAUGCAUGAACUUUAUGUACCACUGAAUGUGCGAGAAGAAGAAAAAAAGACCAAAGCGUUGGUGGAAUUAGUGAAAGCACUUGACGCGGCAUUUACAGUUUGUCGAGACAUAGGUGAUUCGGAUCCUCAGCGGAUGUCACCACCUUACGUUGCAGAGUAUAUCAUUAAUGCAUUUAAUGGAACAAACAUCAGCACUCGCGUGAUUUCUGAUAUCAGCGAAAUUGAGCGCGAAUUUCCUCUCAUGGCAGCUGUAAAUCGUGCGGCAAAUAAUGUUAAAGGCCAUCAGGCUCGUUUGAUAUGGCUUGAGUAUAAUCCAGAAAAUCCUUGUAACGAGACGAUCAUGCUCGUCGGCAAAGGUGUUACAAUAGAUAUUGGUGGCGCGGAUUUGAAAACAGAUGGAAAUAUGUAUGGAAUGUGUCGCGAUAAAUAUGGUGCUGCAGUUGUUGCUGGUAUUUUCAAAGCUUUGGAAAUUUUGAAGCCAAAACAUGUUAAGUUCUGUGGCUACAUGUGCAUGGUCCGAAACAGUAUUGGCUCGAACUCUUAUACGUGCGAUGAAAUCAUUCGUUCACGUAGUGGUAAACGUAUUGCAAUAUGCAACACUGACGCAGAAGGUCGCAUCACGAUGCUUGACCCUCUGACGAAGAUGCUUGAACUAGCCAAACUGGAGAAGAAACCACGAUUAUUCACAUUGGCUACGUUAACGGGUCAUUGCAUACUCAGCUACGGCUACAUGGCCGCAGCAAUGGAUAAUGGUCCAGCACAUGCAAAUCACACCGCUGAAACAAUUCGUAGCCGGGGUGAUAUAUUUGGACAGCCUGUUGAAGUAUCACGGUUACAUUGGGAGGACUUUGAUUUUCAUGAGGCUGAAAGUGAAGCAGCAGACAUACGACAAUCAAAUACACUACCAUCCGUGAGGACACUGCGUGGUCAUCAAGGACCAGCUGCAUUUCUUUUAAAAGGUUCAAGAUUGGAUGAGCAUGGUUGCGACUCAAAAACCCCUAUUGCGUACACACAUAUUGACAUGGGUGCUUGUAUGGGUUCGCAUCCUAAAGUGAGCUAUCCCAAUCCACUGUUGGCGCUAGCUGCAACGUUAGUUUUUGCAAAUUCUUCCUUCAGAUUACUUUGA